AUGGUUCUGGUGUCCACACAAGAUGUGAUAUACACAAUCAAGGAGGAAAUACCAGUGCACACCUUGAUAGGAAACAUUGGUAAGGAUACCUCGGUGGUUGACCGUGUUAGCCCUGACAAUCUGAACACUCUAAGAUACAGUAUUCUGACUACAGGGAACCCCAGUGCCAAACUGUUCGCCAUCAGUUCUUCCCAAGGAAACCUGACUUCUGCUGCUAGAAUUGACAGAGAAACACUGUGUCCAUUCACUUCUGUCUGCGCCCUGAUGCUGGAAGUUGCAGUGCGUUCAGAGACGUCGUUCUUCAGUUACAAAGUUAAAAUCACCAUUGAAGAUACAAAUGACAACAGACCAACAUUUCCUGCAAGGUCUGUAAAUCUUGAAAUACCUGAGUCUUCUCAAGUGGGAGUCUCAUUUUCAUUUGAUGGAGCUGUUGACAAUGACACGGAAAAUAAUGCAAUUGGUAGUUAUUUGUUAUUUCCAGACAAUGUCCCCUUUGGUGUGGAUUUUACCAAAAACCUAGAUGGAACAUCAACUGUUAGUGUUGUUGUCAAGGAAGAACUUGAUAGGGAGAAAAAUGAAUUCUACUUUUUAACCUUAUUUGCCAAAGAUGGUGGCUCUCCACAGAAAAAUGGUUCAAUGCUAGUUAAUAUAUCUAUUCUUGAUUCUAACGACAAUGCACCACAGUUUACAUAUCCAGUGUAUAAUGUGACUGUUCAAGAAAACACACCAAUUAAUACAGCAUUUCUAAAAGUGAAGGCCACUGAUAAAGAUGCAGGAAACAAUAGUGAAAUAUUCUACAGGUUAAGUCUCCAUCAACCCAAAGAACAUCUUCAGUAUUUUCUUGUUGAUAAGACGUCUGGUGACAUGAAACUACAAGUGGCUCCACCUAGUGGCCAUAUCCGAGUUAUCGUAGAAGCCAGUGACCGAGGGAAGCCACCCAAGGUUGCCCAGGCAUUUGUGGAUAUCACAGUAUUGGAUACAGAAAACCAAAGCCCUUCAAUCACAGUUAAUUUGUUUAAUGGCAUUUCAAAAGCUCAUAUUUCUGAGUUUAAGAAGCCUGGCUAUGCCUUUGCUCAUGUGAGAAUCUCUGAUCCUGAUACAGGGAGAAAUGGCAAUGUGACGUGUCACAGUCAAACAGUUGAUUUUGCCUUGAAGCGUCUCAAUGUCAAAGAAUAUACUGUAAUAGUUGCAAGUAAUUUAGACAGAGAAACCUCAUCAACGUAUACUGUUGUGAUAUUCUGUGAAGAUGAUGGGGAACCGAAAUUAAAUACCAGUGCAACAUUUGAUGUAGAAAUAGAUGAUGAAAACGACAAUGCUCCAAAGUUUUUACAAAGUGUGUACAACAUUAGCAUCCCUGAGAACAAUGCUGUCAAUGACACCAUUCUGCAGGUCGCAGCUACAGACAAGGACACUGGAGCUAAUUCUCACAUCAUGUACAAGAUCUCUGAAGAAGGCCUGCCAUUCUUUUUCAUUCCCUUUGGAAGUUCUGUAGUGCGAGUAAAACACUCAUUUGACAGAGAGAAGCAUUCACAUUACUCUUUCAGAGUCCUGGCAGUGGAUGGUGGUGUUCCCAGAUUAACAUCUACUGCUCAAGUCGAGAUCACAGUCAUAGACCUCAAUGAUGAAAGACCUGUUUUUACAGAAGAAUCAUACACAUUUUAUAUUGCGGAAAACUCUCCUCUUGACACCAUUGUUGGAGAUGUUUCAGCAACAGAUGGUGAUACAGGAACUGGUGGCACAUUUUCUCUGGUGUUGUCUUCUUCCUAUAAAUCACAACCUCUUCCAUUCACAGUUCUUCAGAAUGGAACCAUCAUCACCACAGGUGUACUUGAUGCUGAAUCAGAAGUCGUCUACAAGUUCCAGGUUAUCGCCACUGACCACGCAGUCAGACCACUGUCUGGUGCAGCUAACAUCCAAGUCAUAGUCACUGACCAGAACGAACAUGAGCCAUAUUUUCUCUUUCCUAACAACAUCAACAACAGCAUCAUUGUGUUUGCACCACAUCGUUACGGUAAGGCAGUGUUGUGGGUGCAGGCGUAUGACGAUGAUGUUGAAGAUGCUGAGAAUCUCCAGUAUUCACUGGUGGAUAAGAAUUCAUCAGGGAUAUUUAAGAUCAACAGUUCUACUGGACAGAUCAUCUUAAAGAGGGAUAUCGGCGAGAACCAUGUUGGUUACUAUGAGCUGGAAAUCACGGCCUCUGACAAGCACGAGAAUCCUCGAAGUCACACUGAAACUCUGAGGGUGUUUAUUAAGUACAAGGUACAGGAGGUCAGUGAGGGAGACCACUACGUCAUCAUCGUCAUCGCUAUCGUCUGUGUCACAGUCAUUGUAGCUGCUGCUGUGCUGGUCACUCUGUGCUAUCUCCGGAAACACGACAAAGAUCAGGAGUUGAAGCGGUCGUUUUCCACGAGGUCAGAACAGUCGAAACACCAAGUUCCGGUUUUGUGUGCAGUAGAUGGAUGUGAAAAUAUUAAGACCCAGUUGCAGGAUUUGAAAGUUAAGCCUACACUUAAGGAUGUGCAUGCAGACAAAAGUGGGAAUAUGAGCGCAAACCAUGAGAUGUACAGAAGUAAUACGUUCACGGAUCUGAGUCAGCGGAACAGAAAGUCAGAUGGUCACCAGCAGACGCUACACCAAAUCAGACUGAGUCAGUCAGCACACAAACAGGAUACACUACCAGAAAAUGUAAAUGGCAGAUUCUGGAUAGAUGGUUUGAAGCAGGCUGAAGACUUCCACAGCAGCAGUUCAGGGGAGGUAACAAAUGGUGACAGUGGCCAUGGCAGCGAUGAUGACAUCACCUUUCUGGAAGGUCCCUCGCAGUCACCACGCACUCUCAAACUAGGAAUGUCUGUACCAGACAAUCAGCAUUACAGUGGACACAGACAGUCACCACGUAGUAUGGUGUCCUUUACUAAACAGCCUCUGAAGAUUCAGAAUCUGAAAGGAGGUGGACAGACUCCCAGACCAGACAGUGUCCCGGCAGACAGAUGUGGUAGAGGACACAACCGGACUUAUUCUCCACUUGUUCACAGUGUAUCAGGGAACAUACAGAAUGUUCCGAUGAAGACGAACCCUCAGUACAGUUACAGACAAUACCUCAGGUCUCCACACAAUCCGUCUGUGUCCAACAGUCUGGAGGUCUCCUCUGGUCACUCUCACCCAUCUAUGGACAGUUCACGGUCUGUAACAUUCCCCACCCGGCCCCUGUCUCAGUUUCAGUCACAUUCCAACAGCAGAGACUCCUCUCAGUUGCCUUACUGUCCAGCAGUGCAGACGUCACCAGGCAGUGACGAUGAAACAACAACAUCAGGCAGUUACAGCAUCACGCUGGAUGACAUCAAGGCUGAUCUGCAUGAUGUAGGUGUCAGAAAGACAACUGAUGCCUAUGUUUGAUAGGAUGUUGCAGUAUUUGGAUUGUCUGUGCUGUCUUUCAGAACAUGACCUUAGCGUGAUAUAAUAUUUAGCAUAACCCCAUAUUUUGAUUUGUUUGAAAUGAAAGAAAGAGACAAUAUCUUUACCACACUGCAUAAUUCUAGAGAAUGAGUCAUCUCAGUUUUCUACCAACCAAGUCAGUUAAUUAGUAUUAUGAUUUAUUAAGGUAUACAUGUUUUGUUAGAAUCAAGGUAUUUGAGGUAAUUCAUUGCAUUCCAGUUGAAUCAUGAUAUCCUUCUUAGAUAUCAAGAGAUUUCAGGCAAUUCAGGGUACACGAAGGCACAAUUUUUUUUCCGAUGAUACCCAUCUUAGAUAUCAGUAUAUUUGAAGUAAUUCAGGAUACAUGAAGGCAAACCAUUUGAAUCAAGAUAUCCAUUUUAAAUAUCAACAGAUUUCAGGCAAUUCAGGGUACACAAAGGCACAACAUUUGUAUCAAGAUAUCCAUCUUAGAUAUCAAUAUAUUUGAGGUAAUUCAGGGUACAUGAAGGUUAUUCAUCUUAGAUAUCGAGAUAUUCAAGGUAAUUCAGGGUACAUGAAGGGUAUCCAUCUUAGAUAUCGAGAUAUUCAAGGUAAUUCAGGGUACUUGAAGAGUAUCCAUCUUAAAUAUCGAGAUAUUCAAGGUAAUACAGGGUACAUGAAGGGUAUCCAUCUUAGAUAUUGAGAUAUUCAGGGUACAUGAAGGGUAUCCAUCUUAGAUAUUGAGAUAGUCAGGGUACAUGAAGGGUAUCCAUCUUAGAUAUUGAGAUAUUCAGGGUACAUGAAGGGUAUCCAUCUUAGAUAUUGAGAUAUUCAGGGUACAUGAAGGGUAUCCAUCUUAGAUAUUGAGAUAUUCAGGGUACAUGAAGGGUAUCCAUCUUAGAUAUUGAGAUAUUCAAGGUACAUGAAGGGCAUCCAUCUUAGAUAUUGAGAUAUUCAGGGUACAUGAAGGGUAUCCAUCUUAGAUAUCGAGAUAUUCAAGGUAAUUCAAGGUACAUGAAGGGCAUCCAUCUUAGAUAUUGAGUUAUUCAAGGUACUUCAGGGUAUUUUAUUUAGUUCAAGGUACAUGAAAGCAAAUAAAUACAGUUAUAUCAAGAUACCAAUCUUAGCUAUCAAUAUAUUUGAGGUAAUUCGGGGUAUAAAGAAGGGUAUCCAUCUUAGAUAUCGAGAUAUUUGAGGUAAUUCAGGGUAUUUCUCUUUGGCACAACAGUUAAAUUUUGAGGGUUUUUUAUACAGAUCAGGUUAUUUGAAUUAUGUCGAAUAUAUAACAAAUUUUGUUAUAUUUGGAUAACAGAGCUAUUGCCUUUAGGUUGUGGUAUUAGUUAGGUGAGGAUACUUCACGUUUCUUGUGUGGAUGAAGGUAUUUUGUUUUAAUGAGCAUCUGUUACAGCAUUGCAAAAUAUGUUAAUCUCAAUUUCUAAAAGAUAUGAUAACACUGAACAAAAUUUAUUAUUAAAUAACAUCAAGUUUGAAAUUAUUUAUGAUGGUCUCAUUGAUUUAAUGUUACAUUGCACAUGGUGCAUGUGUGAUGUGUUGAUUUUUAGCUAGUAACAUAAUAUAGGUCAACUUGUACAAAGUUUGCUCAUUAAAAUUUUGAUUCCAUUUGGGUUUUUUGAAUUUGCACUAAAAUAGUCCAGAUGUUAAAAAGAAUUCCAAUGUUGAUUGCUUAACAUUUUUAAUAAUGUUGACAAGGCUUUGAUCAAAUUGUUUUAAUGUUGGCAGCCAGGCAUUGUUUAAUGUGUUUAGAUGUUGACAGUAAGGCUUUGAUUGAAUAGUUUAAAGUGACGGACCCUAGUUUUUAAACACUUUGGCAGUUUUAUUACUAUUAAAGCCCUUUUUGAUCAUUUAAAUUAGAAGUGCUUACAUUUUAUUAUUUAGAAUAUUAAUUUCUGGUCAUGCAUGUUUUAAUACCCGAAAAUGAAUUUUUCCUAAUUCUAAAAAUGCACAUUCGUCUGAGAAGUAAUGGUUAUCGAGACAAGCUCUAGUUAUUUUUAGACGGUAUUUCCUUGUUAAAACAUUACAGAUUUUAGCUUCUCUCUGUUAUAACCUUAUCUAAAUGUGUUGCAGGGUUGUAGCUUAAAUAAACUUAGUGUCCAUUUUCACUGGAUAAAACAAGGGUCUGCACCUUUAAGAACCAGGCUUCAGAAAAUCAGGCUUGGCUUCAUGUGUAAAUAUCAUCAGUGUGUUGUGGGGAGACAGUGAGAUUUUAACCUUUCCGUGUCUUUCGUGACAUCAGACUAAUAGGGGUGCACAGCGCACCGUCUCGUCCACAACAUAUAAUUAAAUUAAUGGCAGGCUGUGCACCGGCAUGUCACAAAAGGGUUAAUCAGUUUUGAACGUUUGUUUUAAAAAUAUACCAUGAUGUCUGAAAGUGUGUGUUAGAGUCAUCAAGACAGGACUAGGCACUGGAUGCCAUGUUUGAUCAUAGAUUAGAUGCAAAGACUUACAAGAAAGUAACAUAAUUUAUUGUUUUGUAAAUUAUGUAUUUGUUAUAACACAAUUAAAAUGAUAAACAAUU